GCUGCUCUGUACCAUCACUCACUCAUAUAUCCUUAUGUACAUAUUCUUUAUCCCCUUACACUGUGUAUAAGACAGUAGUUUUAGAAUUGUUAGUUAGAUUACUUGUUGGUUAUCACUGCAUUGUCGGAACUAGAAGCACAAGCAUUUCGCUACACUCGCAUUAACAUCUGCUAACCAUGUGUAUGUGACAAAUAAAAUUUGAUUUGAUUUGAUUUGACAUGCACUGUCAACUGUGGGACCUUGUAUAGACAGGCGUGUGCCAUUCCAAAUCAUGUCCAAUCAAUUGAAUUUACCAAAGGUGGACUCUAAUCAAGUUGUAGAAACAUCUCAAGGAUGAUCAAUGGAAGCAGGAUGCACCUGAGCUCAAUUUCGAUUCUCACAGCAAAGGGUCUGAAUGCUUAUGUAGAUAAGGUAUUUCUGGUUUUGUAGAUUUAAUACAUUUGCAAAAAUGUAUAUAUAUUUUUUUCACUUUGUCAUUAUGGGGUAUUGUGCGUAGAUUGCUGAUGUUUUUAUUUAUUUAAUCCAUUUUAGAAAACAGCUGUAACAAAACAUUUUUGGGGAAAAGUCAAGGGUUCUGAAUACUUUCUGAGGGCACUGUAUAUGUAUAUUUGGUUUUUGAUUUUAUUGAGAACACUUUUUUUCAGAACACAAAUUAUUACACUACACAAAUAAAUAUUUUGGGGAUUUAAAGAAAGUACAUCAAACUUUUUAAUAAAUGUGAUAUUUUCUAUUUGUUCAAAAAUCUCAAUUGGGCUGUUGGAACAGAGCUACACUGUCAUUUUCUAUGAUCUAGCUCCAUCUCCUGUCAAUGGAAACGCAUUGUCACAAACCCUAACGUUUGCCUGAGUAAAAUUCGAGGAGAGAAGUUUAUUUUGUGAUGUGAUGCAAGUCAUUCUUAUACAGGGGGAUUAAACAUUCAAUAUCUCAGAUGUUGAUCAUGUUUGAGUAAUGAAAAUGUCUAAAACCUGUAUGAAUUCAAAAAAUCUGUGGCCUAUGCAUAUUUAUUUUGUGUGUCUAUGUCCAUAGGUGGCUGUUUACUAAACUCAUAUGCAUCAGGUUUAGUUUCCCAAUAAUUCACUUUUUGUUACAGUUUAUCUUGUUUGAGCUGAUGAUUGAUGAUAGCAAUAAAGACUGUAGUUGUGCUGAGGUUUGUUGGGCAUUCCCCAGCUUUGUCCAGCUGUGACUCUGCCAAAUUCAUUGGUGUCUAAUCUCUGGCCCUUCCCUAUUUUCCAGACAGACCUCAACUCAUCUCCCUGUCAGCAUUACUGUGAUUGGCUGCUCGCUAUUCUGACCUCUGACUUCUCCUCAAGGUGGGCAGAGGAGGAGGGCCGGGGGCUGGUUCAGAAUCUGACAUGAACAAUCAGGUCUGGUCAGAACACCAGCCCUACAGGGCCCAACAAUGGACUGUGGAUUUCGCGGUUGAGUGGCAAAAAGGGUCGACUGGUACUAAGAGAAAGUACUCAGGAACUGGCCCUGAUCCUAUCCUCCAUCACUCUCUCUCUCUCUCUUUGUCAGACUGGAUUGAUCUCGCUGAUUGGUCUGUUGUUUUUUCCUUGUCUGCCCUCCCAAACUUGGUAGAGAGUGCUAGGUACACGAGAGUUUUGCCCUUGGUGUAGGCUACAUGUAUGGUACAAUUUCUAAUCUGUGAUUGAUUCAUUUUUGUAGUCAUUUUUACCAUAUGACGGCAACAAGUCAUGAUGAUGGAGGAUUAUACAAUCAUAACUGGUUAUGAUUGAAUGAAUUAGCGCCCCUGCGAUAGGGUCUUGGAACUUGGAUGCACCCUUUGGACAUCCAGGAGGGUGUGCGUCUGUGAAGGAAUGUACUUUUGUUAAUAAGACAGAAAAGGAAAAAAAGAGAAACAAAAAGUUUGGCCCCUUUGGAUGCUCUAUUAGUGUGGCUGAGUGGUUUCCUGAGACUCUUGACAAAAGCAACUGUAAAGCAAAAAAAAAGGCUUCCUCAUCUCUUGAGUUCUGUCUCCACUCCAGAGCUGGAUGUCUGCUUUUUUGUUUAUAAUUUUUUUGACAACUCUUUCUCAGAACUGGGUCAAACACUCCAAAAUGUCUUAUCUUCAAUGCCACUCAGAGUUUACUCUCUGCUCCUCAUUGCCUUUCUCUGCAAAGUUUAGGAUGAACAAUUCAUGUACAAUUUUUUGGGACAAAAAAACCCCAGAUUUUUUAUUUCCAGAGUUCACUUCCAAAAGUUGCUGCAAAGCCCCAUUGUCUGCAAGGUAUUGAGUUAAAUACCCUACUCAAAUGAAUAUAAAUAUAUAUUGUAUUAUUAUACCAACUCAAUCUGCUUGAACAUUUAGAUAAUGUCUAUUUAUGCUGCAUGUCAAAACCGUUCCAUUCAACACAUUUAGUAAAUUUCCAUUUUCCAUUUAAACUCAUCUGGUGGGCUAAAGAUCAAUAUGAUUUGUAAAAAAUAAAUAAAAUACAAAAACCUAUGUCCUUCCAACUCCCUUUUGGGGCACAAGACUUACAAGAUUUACUUGCGUGACGAACAAACCUGAGUGAGACUGAUUAAAAAUGAAGCACUAUAGCAACAACCAAGCCAAUAGUCGAACGGGAAGCUGUUUACAAGGGGGGUACCGUUUCUAUGGUUGCCGGACAAACCUCCUGCACCAGGUAUUAAACUGCCCCCGGAGAGAUCCUUAGCCGCUGCCACCGUUAUAAAGACCUGUUUUUGAGACGUUGAAUUGAACAAGCGCGCAUCAGAGCGCCAAAGACAUCUUGAGGUAUUUUUUCAUACAUUUUCAACAGGUGCAAAUCCUCAAGGCUAAAGUGAGAUUAAUAAUUUAUCAAUUGGCCAUUUGGAUUGUAAGGUAUUUUCUCAGCAGUAUAUCAGAUCAAGGCUGUUGUCUGGUGGUAUAGGGGUGAGCGUUAGCCAUCGGAGCGGAGGGAGGACCAUGCUGUCUCUAAGCUGUGCAGACCCCUGGCCCGAGGGCUCGGUGGGGCUGGAGGAGGAAGUGGUGACUGCCGCUGCUCAUUCUGAGGAGCUGGACCUGGACGACAGCUCAGUCUCAGCAGGCUCCAGCAGCACUGGGGGCUCUGACAACCUGGAUGACAGCCUGACCAGCCUGCAGUGGCUGCAGGAGUUCUCUAUUCUCAAUGCCAAUGGGCCUCAACAGGCUCCUCUCUCCACUCACCACCAGCCUCACUUCUUCGGCCAUCAGCAGCUGGGCUCUGAGGCUCCCGCUUCCCCUCUGGCUGGUGACCCUGCAUCCAUAGGCAUGCCCCUCACCCCAGGCAAGCCCACAGCAGCAGCCUAUUGUAGGAUGCUGUCCCUGUCAGCCCUCCCUAGCCUGGUGGCCCAUGGUCACUGCCCCGAUGAGGUGGACUACAAGACAAACCCUCAUAUCAAACCCCCUUACUCCUACGCCACACUCAUCUGUAUGGCCAUGCAGGCCAGCAAGAAGACCAAGAUCACCCUCUCCUGCAUCUACAAGUGGAUCACUGACAACUUCUGCUACUUCCGCCAUGCUGACCCCACCUGGCAGAACUCCAUCCGGCACAACCUGUCUCUGAACAAGUGUUUCAUCAAGGUUCCGCGGCAGAAGGAUGAGCCAGGGAAGGGGGGCUUCUGGAAGAUUGAUCCCCAGUACGCAGAGCGCCUCCUCAAUGGGGCCUACAAGAAGAGGCGGAUGCCCCCUGUCCAGAUCAACCCUGCCCUGCAGAACAGGCUUAGGGCCAACCCCCAGCCCCUGCCCAGGGGCCUCUGUAACUCCACAGGCAGCCAGAGUGGGCUGUGUGUCAAUCCAGAGGCUCAGCAGCUCCUCAGAGAGUUUGAAGAGGCCACUGGAGCCGACCAGAACUGGGACCCCUGUCUGGCCGAAGGCACCAUGCUGGGGGCAUGGCCCAUAAGAAAGGGAGGCCCUGGACACAAGAGGAAACACCCACUGGGCUCCAGGACUGCCAUGGUCAAAGUCCCCUGGCGCUCCAGCUCUCCUUUGCUGUCUUUGGAGGAGUAUAGGGAACUGGGCUCCCUGAAGGGGAACUUUGACUGGGACGCCCUCCUGGAUUCUGCACUGAGUGGGGAACUGAGUCUGGACGGAGGGGGUCCACUGAGCCCCAUCCCCCAGGAGGAGGACCUGAUGGUGCGGGGGACCCACAUCUGCCCCCUUGAGGCCCCCGCGGGGACAGCAGACAGCAGCCACGUGCUGGCGGAGACCCAGAGGAGCAGCGGAGCAGACUUUGAGGAGACGUUCCUGGCUACAGCAUUCCUGCAGAGCCCCUGGCCAGAGGAAGAGGAGCAGGGAUCUACCAACUUCCUGUGCAGCUCCACAGUCAACCUGGAGCAGCUCUUUGACCUGGGAGAUUCCCUCGGAGGGACCUCAGCAGUAAGAUAGAGUAUCUUCUCUAAAGACAUGCUCACCAAUUCUUUGGCCUCCAAGACUCUUACUGUGAUGAUGACACUACUAGAUUAUUGUUUAAAAAGAGAGGCACCACAUGAACUAAAUGGACCUUUUACACAUGCAUGUGUUUAAGAUUUCUAGAUGAUGUUUUUUGAAAUUGGUACAAUAAUGGAUGACAUCAUUAAUGCCUACAGAGCAAAAAUGCCACAAUGAACUACAGUAUUCUAAAUGAUUACUGGACAAAAACUAUAUCAAACCUACUGUUGGGACCAUGACUUUGGAUAAUAGACAUUAUCAAUAAGACUUCGCCCACAGAGAAACAAAAUAUUCCUGUCUGAGGACAGGAAAACCACCAAUAUGUCUUUGUUUACAUUCUGAAUAUAUAUGUGGUAUUGCAUGGAUUGCAGGUUGACGUGGAUAGAGGAAUUGUCAUGCAGGCACAAGGUGACCAACAGAACAUUGGAAUCAACAUUUUAGAAAUUUCUUUUAUUUUGCAUUAGAUGAAAUUACAAAGUAAGACUUUACAGUGACUGUACUCUUUGAAAGUUAUGGACAGUUUCGAGAUGCAAGGCCAGCAGCUAAUGAUGAGUUGAGGUGUUGUACCUGACAGUGAUGCAACGUUUUAGCUGCUUAAGAAUAGGUGGUUUAGCAUGCUGAAUAUUUCAUAAAGGUUUAGAUGAAUCCACCUCACAGGGAAUACUAUUAUUUGUUGUGAAGAUCUCUUAUUAUUGUUUAGGAAUUAAAAUGAUCACAAUGCUGAUGCAUACUAAAAUCCCAGAGAAGGUUAUGGAAUGUAUGCAUCAGACUUCAGGAAUUUCGGUCCUGUACUGAAUUUUCUACUGAAAUGCUGAAUGUCUGACUUUUAACGCUCUGUGGAUGCAUUUGGAUGAAAUUCUGAAACUAGUGUCUAUUUAAUAUCAAUAUACAAUAUCUGUAACUGAAGUGAAAGGAAUACUAUGAUGAUCAAUGAAGAGAUAUUUGCCAAAUUACUACUAAUUAGAAGAGUUUUUAGACUUAAAAUGGUUUUAUGUGUGGGGUUUUCUAUAAUGACUACUUUCUGAAUGCAUUCUUUGAAUAAUGAUCUUUUCACUUUAACUAAAUGUAUGCAGAACCAUUUUAAACAGGUUGUUUUUAGCAAGCUUAGGAUUGUCAUAUUAUCAGCAGAGUGUACAUUUAUAUUUAAUAAUCAUUAAUUCAACUAAUUUCAGUAAGUUAACCAGUUACAGAGAGCAGUAGAGGACAGAUCUGGAUGUCGUAAAGACAAGUUCAUUCCAAUGCAGAAUAGCUCAAGGCAAGCUUCUCCUUUGCAAUGGUUUCAGUGGCUUGUCAAUGAAUACCCGACCUUCAGGUUAGAUGUGCAAAGAACAACACUUGG